UCUCAUUAUUAUCCGCUCCAGCCGGCUAUAAUAAACACAGGACUGAUUAUUGUCUGCUACACUGAACUAAUGGCAACAAAACCUACUCAGCUGUUUCUUCGAGCACUUACUGACAUAUCCAAGAGAAGGUCCUUCAGUAUUUUGAGAAAAAACUCAAACCAAACCGCCAUCAGACAUUUGAGCUCAUGUUAUGUGUUGGAGACACGACAUAGCAGCUUAAUGCUGUUUCCUGUGACGUUACAGUCCGUCCCCACUCGCAACUUCAUUAACCUGGCUGCCCCCAUCAUAGCACGAAGAAUGGAGUACUCUGAGAAUAGGACUAUCGGUUACUCAGUGGAGCAGAUGUACAGUAUAGUAGCCAAUGUGGACCAGUAUCACCAGUUUGUGCCUUGGUGCAAGAGGUCGAAGGUCAUAAAGCGGAGGAAUGGGGAUGUGCAGGCCCAGCUGGAAAUUGGAUUCCCUCCUGUCCUUGAACACUAUGUGUCUGAGGUCACGGUCAUCCCUAACCACCAAGUCAGGGCUGUGUGUACAGAUGGAUCACUUUUUAGUCACCUCGAGACGUUGUGGCGUUUCACACCUGCUUCUGGGAACCGAGGAGAUUCCUGUAACGUGGAGUUCUAUGUGUCAUUUGAGUUCAAGUCCCUGCUCCACUCUCAGUUAGCUACAGUGUUUUUUGAUGAGGUGGUUAAACAGAUGGUGAACGCUUUUGAGGUCCGAGCAGCCAAGCUUUACGGCCGCCCUCAGGAGACCAGCAGCAGGAUGAGAGCAGCCUGAGAGCACUGCUGCGGUAUGUUCUCAGGGAAAGAAAGGACUUUAUAGAAGACAUAUCAAAAUCAUGAUCACAGUGUUUUAUCUCCAAAAGAGAAUGGCUCUUCUUUGUAAUAUUGUCCAGAAUGUUGGACAAUGCUGCUCACUUGUCCAUACUUUUAUAUGUACAGACACACACAACCACAAACAUGAUGAUUAUUUAUUUUAAUUACAAUAUUUAUUUAGUGUAAUAUAUUAUUAUACAUGUUUUUAUUUGUGAGAAUGAAGUGAAACAUGGAGUGAAUUUUCAGUGCAAAUAAACAAUUUGGAUGUGAGAUUUAAAAUUUAAAAUGAUUUUUAAGAAAUGAAGAAUUUGAAAGAUAGUUGACUUUGACUUUGACUUUGAUUUGUUCUUGGCUUCUGAUUGAGUUCCACUCACUGUAAAUGGGAAUUAUAUUUCCCAAGAAUACAUUGCAUUCCUUUUUAUUUUUCAUACAUUUAUUAUGUGUUUGAUCAGACAUGUUAUGUACUUCAGUCUGUCACCUCAGGACUGCUGAAGUUUGCCGUCUUGUUUAAAGAUAGUAGCACAAGGCUGUAUAGCACACUUUUUCAAUGUUUCUUACAAAAACUCAUGUAUCUGUUCAAAGUGUAUUUAUCUUUAUGAGAUUAUUUUUUAUAAAGUUAUAAGCACUCAAA